AUGACCUUCGAGGAGUUUUGCGGCAGCCCGUUCUGGGACGACGAGUUCGUGUGGGACGAAAACAAUCCCGAUCUCACGUUCUGCUUCCAGCGGGUCAUCCUGCAGUGGGCGCCCUGUUUGUUCCUGUUUGUCUUCUCGAUAUACGACAUCCACAGAAUCACCAGUAGCCGCUACCGAGACAUACCAUGGAACUGGUACAACCUGUCGAAGAUGCUCGUUAUCUUCCUGCUGAUGUGCAUGUGUUGGAUUGACCUCGGAAUGGUCGUGACGUACAGGGAAGAGCAGGGCCUGUUCGAUGUGCUGAUCCUGACGGCCGUUUUCAAUGCCCUGGUCUACAUCGAUCUGUUAGUGUUGCUGUUCUUUAUGCGCAAGUACGGCGUUCGCACCUCGGGUACGAUGUUCAUCUUCUGGUUCCUGCGAAUGUUCUUCGGCAUCAUUCAGCUGCGCACCGAAGUGAUGAUCAAUGACGAGCGACCGAACUCGAUCGGUUCCGGUGAUACCGUGGACUAUUGGGAGUAUCAGUACGUCAGCUACAUCCUGCAGUACUCGCUCACCUGUCUGAUGCUGCUGCUGGAGCUGUUCCCCGAUAAGGAUCCGUCCGUGAGCUUCUACCCCAAAUCGAACAAGCCGAGUCCGGAGUUGAGGUCCAGUUUCUUCGCCAAACUUCUGUUCCUGCACUUCGAUUCGUUCGCGUGGCGCGGUUUCCGCAAACCACUGACCAUGGAGGACAUGUACGACAUUAAUCCGCAGGACACAUCGCGGGAGCUGGUGCCACCGUUUGACAAGUACUGGAACAUAAGCGUAACCAGCGGGAGAAAGAAACAGAUUGCGGCCGACAAAAAGGCCGGAAAGCCCUUCGUCGAUUACAAACCGCAUUCGGCAACGAACGGCUCGUGCCUGUCGUCGAUGGUCCGAGCGUACGGGGCACCCUUCUGGUUCGCGGGAAUGAUCCAACUGGCGAUAUCCGGUCUACAGUUUGCCUCGCCUUAUCUCAUGCAAGAAAUGAUGGCCGUUAUUGCCCUGGAUGGGCCCGUGUGGAAGGGUUUGCUGCUGAUGUUUGCGCUGUUCGUGAGCUCCCUGCUGCUAGCGCUGAUGAAUGGACAAUACUUCUACAACACGUUCCUGGCUGGAUUCCGCAUCCGUACCGGGUUGGUGAGUGCCAUUUACCGUAAGGCGCUGAGAAUCUCGAGCGCCGCCAAAAAGGACACGACCGUCGGCGAGAUCGUCAAUCUGAUGGCCGUCGAUGCGCAACGGUUCUUCGAGCUGACCUCCUACUUGCACAUUCUGUGGUCCGGACUGCUGAUCAUUGGGCUGUGCGUGUACCUGCUGUACGAUAUUCUCGGAGCGGCCGUUUUCGCCGGCUUAGGAGUGAUGAUACUGAUCACUCCCGUUUCCGGAGUGAUUGCGACGAAGAUGCGCGACGCACAGGUUGCCCAGAUGAAGAUCAAAGAUGAUCGUGUGAAGAAGAUGAACGAGAUCCUCGGUGGGAUCAAGGUGCUGAAGCUAUACGCCUGGGAGCCCAGCUUCCAGGAUAACAUCCUGACGGUGCGAAACGAAGAGAUUGGAAUUCUCAAGAGAAUGGCCUACUAUGGUGCGGGUAUUUACUUUACCUUCACCAUCGCUCCGUUUCUCGUCACGCUAGUGUCGUUUGCCGUGUACGUUUUGACCGACGAAGAGCACAUUCUGGAUCCGCAGACAGCGUUCGUGUCGCUGGCACUGUUCAACAUUCUCCGCUUCCCGCUCGGCAUGCUGCCGAUGAUGGUGACGUUCUCCAUGCAGGCCUGGGUGUCGGUGAAGCGAAUCGACAAGUUCCUGAACAGCGCCGAACUGGAUCCCAAUAACGUGACGCAUGCCAAGAGCGACGAAGCACUGACCAUCAAAGAUGGCACGUUCUCCUGGGGCGACGAGACUCCAACGUUGAAGAACAUUAACCUAUCGCUACGGAAGAGCCAACUAUCGGCCAUCGUCGGAACAGUGGGCACUGGCAAAAGCUCCCUCAUCUCGGCCUUGUUGGGUGAAAUGGAGAAAACGGGCGGAACCGUUAACACUGACGGUACGAUUGCCUACGUUCCUCAGCAAGCCUGGAUCCAGAACGCAACCCUUAAGGAUAACAUUCUGUUUGGUAAGCCGUACGAUCCAAAAAAGUACGACAAGGUGAUCGAAAGUUGUGCCCUGAAGCCGGAUUUGGCCAUGUUGCCGGGCGGAGACUCGACGGAAAUCGGAGAGAAGGGAAUCAAUCUUUCCGGUGGUCAGAAGCAGCGGGUUGCGCUGGCUCGUGCCGUCUAUGCUGAUGCGGAGAUCUACCUCUUUGACGAUCCUCUCAGUGCCGUCGAUGCGCACGUGGGAAAGCACAUCUUCGAGCAGGUAAUCGGUCCUACCGGGAUGCUCGUCGGCCGGUCUCGCCUUUUGGUCACGCACGGAAUAUCGUAUCUGCCGUUCGUGGAAAACAUUUUUGUCAUCAAGGACGGAGAAAUCUCAGAAAGCGGAUCUUACCAGCAGCUGCUCGACCAGAAGGGCGCCUUUGCCGAGUUCCUUACGCAACAUAUUCAAGAAAUGGACGAAACCGAUGAUGAAGAAAUCAAAUUAAUUCAAGAAUCGAUUAAGGAUGAGGCCACACAGAAAAUCGUCGAGCGUACACUAUCGGUACGGUCGAGCGGAUCGAACGGAAGUCAAAAGAGGAAACGCAUCAGUCGCCAGGAAUCGAGAGCGAGUUCCAACAAGGAGGCGCCAAUGAUACAGAACCUGGACAAGGCGACACUCAUCGAGAAGGAAGAAUCGGCCACCGGUGCCGUUACGUGGCUCGUGUACAAAAAAUACAUCUCCGCCAUUGGGUUCCAGUUUGGGUUCUGGUCGGUCGUGUUCAGCAUCAUCAAUCAGGGCAGCGGUAUCUACUCCAGCAUGUGGUUGACGGAUUGGUCCGAAGACCCGGAAGCCAUCACCGACACAUCCGUCCGGGAUAUGUACCUAGGCGUGUACGGUGCGCUGGGCGGUGUGCAGUCGAUCGCCCUCUUCAUAGGAUCGGUGCUGCUGGCGUUGGGUUGCCUGAAGGCCGCCAAAGAAUCGCACGAAAAGUUGCUCGAUAGUUCCAUGCGCAUGCCGAUGUCGUUCUUCGACACAACCCCGCUUGGACGUAUAAUCAAUCGAUUCUCGAAAGAUGUGGACGUAGUGGACAACAUUCUACCCGCCACCAUCCGUGCCUGGUUGCUGAUGUUGUUCAGUGUAAUCGGUGUGUUUGUGGUGAUUGGAAUUUCUACACCAGUGUUCCUCGCGAUCGUGCCGCCACUGAUGGUCAUUUACUAUUUCGUGCAACGCUUCUACAUCGAAACGUCUCGGCAGCUGAAGCGACUGGAGUCGGUCACCCGCAGUCCAAUCUAUUCGCACUUUGGCGAAAGUAUUGGCGGGCAAUCGACCAUUCGGGCUUACGGGCAGCAGGAAAGGUUCAUCCACGAAUCGGAACAUCGGGUCGACUACAAUCAGUUGGUGACUUAUCCGACGAUUCUCGCCAACCGAUGGUUGGGAGUCCGGCUGGAGUUGAUAGGCAGUUUGGUUAUUCUGUUUGCGGCACUCUUUGCCAUCCUUGCACGAGACUCGAUCGGUCAAGCAACGGUUGGACUGUCGAUCAGCUACGCGCUACAAAUCUCGAACGUCCUAAGUUUCCUCGUCCGAAUGACGGCGGAAGUGGAAACGAAUAUUGUGGCCAUCGAGCGGCUGGAGGAAUACACCGUGUUGCAACGGGAGGCAGAUUGGCAAAAGGGAACCGUAGACAAAGCGUGGCCAACGGAAGGCAAGGUGGAAUUCAAGGACUAUCAGAUCCGGUACCGCGAUGGCCUCGAUCUUGUCAUUCGCGGUAUUUCGCUAAAUGUUAUGGGCGGAGAAAAGAUCGGUAUCGUCGGCCGUACCGGAGCCGGAAAGUCCAGUCUCACACUUGGCCUCUUCAGAAUCGUCGAAGCGGCCGGUGGACAAAUCAUCAUCGACGGGCUCGACAUCUCCCAAAUGGGUCUCCAUCAGCUGCGCAGUCGAUUGACCAUCAUCCCACAGGAUCCGGUGCUCUUUUCCGGCACGCUGAGAAUGAAUGUCGACCCCUUCAACAACUUCAGCGACGAUCAAGUGUGGAAGUCACUGGAGCUGUCCCAUUUGAAAACCUUCGUGAAAGGUCUCUCGGCUGGACUUGCCCACGAGAUCGCAGAAAAUGGCGAGAACCUGUCCGUCGGUCAACGGCAGCUGGUGUGUCUGGCGAGAGCUAUUCUGCGCAAGACUAAAGUGCUGAUCUUGGACGAAGCUACAGCGGCGGUGGACUUGGAAACGGAUGAUUUGAUUCAGAAAACAAUCCGAACCGAGUUCGCCGACUGUACGAUUCUCACCAUCGCCCAUCGAUUGAACACGAUCCUGGAUUCGGAUCGCGUGCUGGUGCUCGACGCAGGUUUGGUGGCCGAGUGCGACACACCGCAGAGUCUGCUCGCCAAUAAGGAUACUAUUUUCCACAGCAUGGCCAAGAAUGCGGGAAUCGUAAGCUAGUGGCCGAGUGUGCCGUGCUUCGUUCGCUUGUGUUCACAUAGUUCUACGCUCCUUUAG